AUGGAUACGCUGUCACACUCCUCUUGCACGACGGCAGCGACAGAGGCUUCGUCCUUUGAUGCUCCGCAAGCACAGCCAUCACAGGCCAUUCUGGACUUCUUCUUCCCCGGCUUCAGCAUCCUGACAAGUGCCUGUCAAAAAUAUUUUGGCAUCGAUCUUAAUGUCUACAUCCCCCUGAUCAUCCUGUGUGGUGGUGCCACCUUUGCCUGGCAAUAUUUGAGCGACUAUGUCUGGGGCCUGAUCGAGUCCCAUCUCAUGUCCUCUGUCGACGUGCGAACCGACGAUGAAAUUUAUAACAUUCUCAUGGCCUGGGUUGCCACACAGCGCUUCGCAAAGAAGUCCCGACGCUUCAUUGCCAACACAAACCUCAACUCGAGAGCCUGGUUCCUUAUGCGCUGGUCGUACGACGAGGACGAAGAGGACGACGAUGAAGACGACUCUACUGCCACGACCACCAGCGAGGUCGGACACAAGAAGAAGGGUCUGGCUUACACGCCAAGCUUUGGUAACCACAUCUUCUGGUAUAAGGGCCGCCUCCUCCGUUUCAAGAGGAGCCAGAACCAACAACAAGGGUCCUACUUGACCGUCAGCGAGAGAGAGGAGAUCAGCAUCUCCUGCUUUGGACGCUCGCCUUGGAUCCUGAAGCAGCUUCUCCUCGAGGCCCGCCUGGAAUAUCUCAAGAAGGAUACCAAGAAGACCAUGAUCUACCGCGGGGGCAUUCGUGCGGGUUCCACCGACCCCACCUGGCAGAGGUGCAUGGCCCGGACGUCGCGGCCCUUCUCGACCGUCAUCCUCAACGAAAAGACGAAGAAGGAGCUCAUCGAUGAUGUGUCCGACUACCUGUCACCCGCUACCCGGAACUGGUAUUCCAACCGUGGCAUUCCCUGGCGUCGUGGCUACCUGUACGAGGGGCCUCCCGGUUGCGGCAAGAGCUCGCUCGCACUCGCGCUGGCCGGCUACUUCAAGCUGCGGAUCUACAUUGUCAGCCUGAGCUCCAUUGUCGCCAACGAGGAAACGCUUGCCACCCUGUUUUCCGAUCUCCCCCGUCGGUGUGUUGUUCUUCUGGAGGACAUUGACACGGCCGGUCUAACACAUACGCGGGAGGUCAGCGACGUGCUCUCCGGCGAUGCUGACAGGAGCGAUGCUUCUGCCAAUGCCAUGGUGCCCGGCCAGCUGACCACAGGUAUCCUCAGCGCCGCUGCCACCAGCAGCUCGUCGAGGCUCUCCUUGUCAGGCCUGCUGAACAUCCUGGACGGCGUCGCCAGUCAGGAAGGUCGCGUCCUCAUCAUGACGACCAACCACGUAGAGAAGCUCGACAAGGCGUUGAUUCGACCUGGCCGGGUCGACAUGAUUGUCAAGUUCUCACAGGCUGACGCCGAGAUCAUCGGUGCCAUUUUCCGCGCCAUCUACGCUCCCCUCGAGGGCGACGACGGAGACGGCCACGAGGCGGCGGACCGCGACGCGCCGGGAGUUGAUGCUGACGCCGAGAAGGCUGCGGCCGAGGCUGCGGCGGCGCGGAUGGCCAAGACUGUAGCACACGUCGAAGCUCUGUCGCACGAGUUUGUGGCACGUAUCCCGGCCCACGAGUUCAGUCCAGCGGAGAUUCAGGGGUUCCUGAUGAGGCACAAGAGAAGUCCAGAUGCGGCGAUCGAGCAUGCAGCUCAGUGGGUGAUAGACACUCGAAAGCAGAAGAAGGAGAAGGAGAUUAAAGCGGCUGAGGAGAGGCGGGCAGAAGAGGAGAAGGAGAAGGAGAAGGAGAAGGAGACUACCAGCGACGGCAAGGAAGCAGCAUCUGAGAAGACGAAGACGGCGAGGGCCGAACACCUGCAAGGACCAGGCUCGGACUCGGGAUAUGCGACUUCAGUCGAAUCAUAG